AUGAUAUUCUCCAUCAACAACGGCGACUUCCAAAUCUGGCUGCCCCUAUACAUCAUAUACUCGGACAGUUAUAUAUAUAAGGGUGCCCUUCUAAUAGAGGCCCUACUAACUGUAAUUGUAUUAAUAUUCACUGUAAUAUCCGGAUUCAUAAUUCUCACUACAACUGCUUUCCAUAAAAAUUUCAAUUCCCUUAUAGCUAUAGUAAUUUUAAGUUGGCUAUUUGCAAUGGUUGGUAAAAUAUUAACAUUUCCCUAUUUAAUAGGUAUUAUUAAAUUCGAAAAUUGCAAUUUAACAAACCCCUGGUGGACUUCUGACGUGGCAAAAAUGAUUCCCCUUGACAACUUUAAAGGCGCAUGGCCACUAUUCCUAGGUGGAGCUCUAACAUGGUAUUAUAUAUUUAUGAUGACUACGUGCCUAUUCACAUUAGCAAUGGAGCGCACUUUCGCUAGUUUUUUAAUUAAAAAUUAUGAAAACACACCGAGACCGUAUCUCCUAGCUCUGCUAGUUUUAUUCCAACAAUUUAUAAUUUUUACAACUACUUAUUUGAUAUUUUUCAACAAACUCCAAUUUAUACCUAUUAUUAUUUUUCUUGUAGUAAUUAAUACAUCUGCAAUGAUAGGAUUUUUUUUAAAUCGACAGUAUAGUCUGAAAAUAUUACGGCUUUUUAAGAAGAAGCCCGAGGAGUCUAUGAGGAAUUAUACGUUGGCUGUCAGGUUUCAGGCGAAGGAGAAUUUGAGGGUUUUUAAUCUCACCGCCCGUGUGUUCUCGGUUGGAUUUUUGUUAAUUUUAACUGGUGUUCUCGCUAUUAUAAUUGUCACAUUUGACAUUAUUCCAACCUGGAAUACUCCUUUAAAUCGAGUUUUCGAAUGCUUGAUUCAUUUAAACCCGCUCAUCAUCUGCCCAGUGCUUAUUCUAUCAGUGAACACUUGGAGCAAAGCGUUGCUCAAUAUUCGUCUGCCCUUGAUUCAUCAUCUAAUGCUCCAAAUACCAUGCAUCAAUGAACAGCCACCGCCUGCUGGGAAAGUCACGAGUCAGUCCCAGAAACUGGAGACAUACACCUAUUUUUUACAGUUACAAGUUGCUUGGGAAUGA